AUGUCCUCCACAAGCACAGUUCCUUCUUCUGGCUCCACAAACAGCGAUCGAACUGCUGAUUCCAGUUCGAGCCCUACGAGUUCACCGCUACUGUUCUUUGUUGCCCUUGGUUUCGGGGUCGUCUUCACUAAUCUAUGGAUCAUCGUUGGUGUCAAGUAUUGCUUUCGAUAUAAUCAGCGGAAUCGCCAGCUACGAAACGAAGAAACGGGAGAACCAAUAGGCUUGGUCACUAUGCCCCGUACGCACAGACGAAGAAGGGAAAAGAAGUUGAUGACCAUGGACGAAGUUAAUUUGCGGUUUCCACUCACUAAGUACAAGGCAUGGAGGUCGACGCGGGCAAACGCCAACAUGCCGACCGCAGAGAUGAUAUCCGCAGCCAACAGCAGUCCACACAGUUCAAACAUCAAGAACAGCGCAUUGGUUGUAGAUGCUAGUGUAUCGCCAUCCUUAGCGAAACCUGCAUCGACAGAUCGUCAACAGCAGAUUAGUUCCGCCAUCGCACAAAUUUCAACAGUUGCUCCAGAUGAUGGAACACAAUUCGCUCAGCUAGACGAAAAGUCCGAUAGCCGUUCAGUUUUUGCAGAUUGCGCGCACACUCCAGAGGUAACAAGGUAUACCAAACAUGAGAUCAAACACGUACAUGAUCAGGACGGUUGUGAAUGCAAUGGGUUGGAAGACAUCGGAGACGCCGAUCAUCCCAUCCGGACUGCAACACCAGCCGAGCGUCUUCCCACUCCCGGGGACUCCUGUGCAAUCUGCCUUGAUGCAAUCGAGGAUGACGAUGACAUACGGCAUGCUGUCCCCUCUGCAAAGCAGAUUACUUCACUCCUAAACCUCGCCCUGAUCCGGUGGCAGAGCAUACGAGCACGGAUCGCCAUAGUAUGGUGGGAAUACAUGCUCCCAGCCGACCGCGGCCUGUCUUAA